AUGAGCGACGUAGUGGAGAAAACCCUGACAGCCCUGCCGAGCCUCCUGUCUUUGGAUUCUCAACCGGGGGCUUCGAAGCUGUCUUCCACCUCGAAACUGGGAAACCUCAUCAGAGCAAUUACAGAAUUAACGUCCAAGCAUGAUGAAGAGAAACUGAUUCAACAAGAACUGACGGCUAUAAAGGAUCAAGCAUCAUCCCCCAACACAUCCAUGAGACAGAUGAAGGAGAUCAUGGUGCGAGCCAUCUACUGUGAAAUGUUGGGGUACGAGGCUUCCUUCUGCUAUAUUCAUGCCAUCAAGUUGGCCCAGCAAGGAACAGGAUUGGAGAAGAGAGUUGGGUACCUCGCUGUAGCUUUGUUCCUGAAUGAAAGUCACGAGCUCCUUCUACUUCUUGUAAAUACUGUUUUAAAGGAUCUCCAGAGCACAAACCUCAUUGAAGUGUGCAUGGCUCUAACUAUUGUCAGCCAAUUAUUCCCCAGAGAUAUGAUUCCUGCAAUUCUUCCUCUUGUGGAAGAGAAGCUCACUCACCCCAAAGAAAUAAUUCGACGAAAAGCAGUCCUGGCACUUUACAAAUUUUACCUGAUCGCACCCAAUCAAGUUCAACACAUCCACAACAAGUUUCGCAAAGCUUUGUGCGAUAAGGAUCCAGGUGUUAUGACAGCGUCGUUGCACAUCUACUUACAGAUGAUCAAAGAGAACCCAGAAGGUUACAAAGACUUGACUGGCAGUUUUGUCACCAUAUUGAAACAGGUGGUGGGUGGAAAAUUGCCAAUGGAUUAUAACUAUCAUAGUGUUCCGGCUCCCUGGCUUCAAAUUCAGCUUCUUAGAAUUUUGUCUUUUCUUGGCAAAAGUGACAAGAGUGCAAGUGGCAUUAUGUACGAAGUCCUUGAAGAGUCUCUACGAAAAGCGGAGAUGAACCAUAAUAUCACUUACGCAAUUUUGUAUGAGUGUGUGAAGUGUAUUUACACAAUUCACCCAAAAGGUGAACUGUUGGAAAAGGCCGCAAAAUGUAUUGGCAACUUCAUUCUGUCGCCAAAGAUUAACCUAAAGUAUAUAGGCUUGAAAGCUCUCACCUACGUGGUCCAGCAGGAUCCUAAAAUGGCCUUGCAGCAUCAGAUGACCAUCAUAGAAUGCUUAGAUCAUCCUGACCUCAUCAUCAAACGUGAGACAUUGGAAUUGCUUUUUAGGAUCACCAACGGCAAGAACGUCACUGUCAUUGUGGAGAAAAUGCUGGAAUUCUUGCGCACCAGUAAAGAUGACUACACCACUAUUGACCUGGUGGGGAAGGUGGCAGAAGUGGCUGAAAAAUAUGCACCUGACAACAAGUGGUUCAUUGACACAAUGAACUCUGUGUUUUCACUGAGUGGAGACUUGAUGCAACCAGACAUCCCUAACAACUUCCUCAAACGGAUUACAGAAGGAUUUGAAGGUGGGGAACAUGACAGGAUGUUGAGGCUUUUUGCAGUGGAUUCCUAUGUGUCUCUGCUUCAAGAAGAACCUAGUAAGCUGCCUCAGCGCUUCCUUCAAGUUAUCAGCUGGGUGCUCGGUGAAUAUUCUCAUUUAAGAGAAGAUCUGGAACCGGCCACUGUUGUGAAACUUCUGGCCAAGCUUUUGGACUUGAAGCAAGCCAGCAGUGAAACCAAGAGCUGGGUCCUCUCGGCGAUGACAAAACUCUGCGAGGGCGAGGCGAGUACCUCUUUGCUACAGGAGAUUUCUGAAACGUUGAGCUGCUCCAUGGACACAGUGCUGAGACAAAGGGCUCAGGAACUGCAGAACCUUCAAUUAAAUCCUGAGUUGCGGGCCAAAGUGCUACCUCGAAAUGUCUGUGCAGAACCUCUGGAGGUUGAUUCCUCACUAUCAUUUUUGGAUGAAUAUGUGUCGGAAGCGUUGGCUGCUGGCGCUGCUCCUUACAAGUCACCCCAUCAACGUCAUGAAGAGCUCACUCAGGGAAAAGCUUUAAGCCUGGAUCCCUACAGCCUUCCGCUACCUAUCAGCAUGUCGUCGUGCAGUUUAGACGACAGACAGUCUCCCACCUUACCCUCAGUCAGCUCUGGUCUGUCGGGUGACAGUAAUGACCCUUCACAUAAAGCAGGUACCACAACUCUGAAGCUGGAUAAAGUGAAGCGAGUGUGGGGGAGGGAAGGUUACCUAGCCCAGAAGGAGGCAGCAGAAGAACCUGCCAAGGUUGAAGUGCCCAGUCCGGUCCAUUCAACUGGCCAGAUCGCCAUCUCGCAGAACCAGAACCAGGCGCCAGUUGCUGAUCAAGAGAAACAGCAACUGGCAUCUUCACUGUUUGUUGGCCUGGGCGCCCAAACUUCUUUGUCCUUGAUGGGAAAAUCUGAAGAAAAAUCCAAUUUUUUCAGGAAAAAGGCUAAAAAUAAGGUUUUGUCCUUACAACCUAGCCAGCAAACAUCCAACUCCAGCAUUCCUAUUCCUAACAGCAUAGAUAACCUGCUGUGUAACGACCCAAUGGAGGCCAAUGUGCACCCAGAACCGCCCUUACCUUCGCCCAAACAGACCUGUGAUGCUGCGGGCGGGCCUACUGACAAUAGUUUAAUUUCUGCUAGUUCAGAUGAAACAGAAGAACCUGUCAGAAUACAAGACUCAUCUCUUACCUCUCAUCUCCCUGCUGACUACAUUGGAGUAACGCACUCCGAGAUCACUUCUUUGUGUUCCUGCCACGGUGUGGAUCUCGCCGCCUGCCACGUGAACAAAGACGACUGUUUGGUGCUGGUUCUUUUUAUUUCUAACUCCUCUGACUCGGAUGUACAACAGUUACAAGUGCAGGUGGCCUCAGAGGAUGUUGAGGUGUCCUAUGUCUCUGAGUGCCCAGUAGAGGAGUUGAGGUGCCACCAAGUACAAGUAUGUCAGUACUCCCUGACUGUCAAGAGGCCUUCAGUUCAUCUUCAAGUGGCCGGUCAACUUUCUUUCAACAUGCCUGAUAGGAAUCCUCACACAACCAAUUUCUCAUACAAACUGCCGCUUCCCUCAUUCAUCAGGCCUUUAGCGCUGUCCACAGAGGAGUACGGCAAAAUGUGGCUGGCCUUCUCAAAUGAUACACAGCAGAACUUGACGCUCGUUGCUGACGUCCAGGAUCCUCUAAAAGUGACACUGGAUGUGCUGGAGAGGAAACUUAACCUUCAUGUGGUGGCCGUCAUAGGGACGGAGGGAAUCAUAGCUUGUCGGGUCCUCCCGAAUCAGCCGUGUUUGAUGCACUGCCGAGUGCACGGCGAGUCGUUGGCCGUAUGGUUGCGCUCUUCAGUCCAAGACUUGCCAGACUGCCUACUCUACCACUGUCAGAGAGCCCUACAGGAACUCUGA